AUGUCUGAUUCAUAUCGAAAAAAUAGCUCCAAGAGCUCGACAUGUAGUCGCGGCUCCCGGAGGAGCAAUGAGUCAUGCGACUCGUUCGAGACGUAUGAAUCUCAAAGCACAACACCCACUUCCUACUACGCAAGCACCGAGGCAUCAGUCAAGGAAGCUAGGGCCGUCUCCCACAAGUUCCAGCCUGUUUACGAGGAGGAUGUAUCCCCUUCCACGAGCAAUUGUCUACGAUCCUCUGUCGACACCUUCGACUCCAGCUUAGCCUCCGAUGACGAGGACGAGCUCGAGCUGAUGCGCGACAUCGAGAUGGACGACUUUGACCCUUAUCAGGAGAUCCCGCCUUUGCCCGCCUACUGCCGCGAUAUCAUCGAGACCGAUGUCCGCCCUUCAAACCCCCAAGACUUUGCAAAGCUUUUCCCCUCCAUGAACAGGUUAUCCAUCUCCCACGACGAGUUCACCCCCGACGGCAACAUGAACUUGAGAGUCGACACCGUCGUCCCCGGUCGCCGCCCCCACAAUAUCCAGCUCUUCCACUUGCGUAUGCACGACCUCGCCAAGCGCGAGUUUUCCCUUCGAAGAUACUGCCGCGACUCCGGCCGCGAAGUCUGCAACUCGAAGCGCAAGUACGUCGAAGAGGCCAUUGAGCAACGGCCAACGCUGCAGCGGUCGGUUUCGAGCGCCAUCAAGACCCUUUCCAUGAGGAGACCUUUACCGCGCACAAACUCUGGCGGCUCGUUCCUCGCCGGCAAGGGAAAGGAUGUAACCUCUCAGCGCCCGCAGUCCAGCGCCUCAUCUUCCCGCAACAGCACUGAUGACACCGCGAGCUACUUCCGGCGGUCCGCCUCCUUUGAGCCCAAGCCCAAGGCUCGCCGCAUACCCAGCAACACCAUGAAGCUCGAGUUCUCCAACUACGCACGCGUUGACGUCUCGCGCCGUGGCGGCACCAACAACAAGCGCUACGAGUUUGAAUGGUGGGGUCACAAGUACCAGUGGAAGCGUGUCCUGGACAAGAACCUCGGCGCUGUCUCUUUCCACCUUGUCAAGGACGGGAACAACAACGCCAGGGAUGCCGUUGCCCACAUAGUCCCCGAGACGCGCUCGCCCAACCAGGUUGUCGAGGACGAGAGCGCCGGCGGCUGGGUGCCCCCUUGCCACAUGUGGAUCAGUGAUCGCAGCGUCCUUGACGCCGUCACCGACGUCGCCGACGUGAUCGUUGCCACGGGCCUCGUGGCUCUCGUCGAUGACUGCAUCAAGCACCGCUGGCAGACGAAAAAGAUUCACCACAUUCCGGUACCCCUGACGUCCCGGACGGUCAACGUCGAGUACGUCGGGCCUCGGGCGUUUUUACAGCAACUCUUCCUUCGCCGCGCUUCGGACCAUACUUCUGGUCCGCUACGACAACGCUCGAUUGCGACAUACUGA